AUGAAAAUUAUCAUAUUCAUUCAACUGAUUUCACUUGCGAUCUGUAUGGAGGACUUUUUCACCAACAAAUAUCUUGAAGCUUAUCUACGCGUUGGCGAAUAUUUGAAAACUCAUCGUCCGCUAGCAUCAGCACGUAUGGAAACACUGGAAAAUAGUAACAAUAUCGGUAUUGGUUACGAUCCAUUACAUGGUAGUCCGGUGUGCUACACUGCAAGUUGUCAAGUCGAUGGUUUCCGCAGUCCGAUAUUCAAACUCAAUUAUGUUCAGAGUUCAGCAGGUGGUUGUACUUCUAAACUGAUUCCCGAAGGUGUCACCAUGCAAUGUUUGCCGGGAAGUGAACGAACCACCGAUACACAAGUGAUUGAUAAGCUCGAGCGUCUCAAACAAGUAACAGAAAACGGAUUCGAAAUCAGUGGUGGUGCUAAAUAUCAAUGGUAUUCGGCUAGCUAUAAAUACUCGAAAGAAACGCGAUUUAUUGUCGACCAAAUCUAUCAAGAAAAUUCUGAAGUUCUCUAUACAACACUGAAAAUAUCACAUGCGAAACUAUCGAUGUUUGAACCUCGCAUGAAUCUAUCUGAUGAUUUUCGAUAUGUUAUCGAAAAUUUGCCUUGCUGCGAUUACAAUGAAAUAGUGGAGAAGUAUAUUUAUGAUUACAUCUUUGGAUAUUUUGGCUAUUCGUAUGUUACUACACUUGUGUUAGGUGGAAUCGCGCAGCAAAGCAUAAUCAUCCAUUCGUCAAACGCAAGUGCUCUGGAAGAGAAAGGAAUUAAAAAGAGUCACGAAGCAGAUCUACAAUUUGCCGUUUCUUUCGGUUUGAAACCGAGUGGAAACCAAGACAAUGUCACACAUGCAAUGUUCAUGAAUUCUGUUUCAAAGAGCUACACGACAAUGGUAGGCGGCGAUCCAUCCAUUAGUAAAAUAGAAGAUUGGGCGAAGACUGUGCAGAGUAAUCCGGUGAUCAUUAAAUUUACAAUUAAAUACAUCUUCGAUAUUCUCACACAGGCAGAAAGUCGUUUUCCAACUGAUGCGAAUAUUGGUGUCAAAGCGAAGAUGAUCGAACAAGCAGUGAAUAAUUACAUCGAUACACCUAUAUACUGCUACGGAAACAAUUGUUCCAGUCAUGGCAGCUGUCAGGACACGGGUUACUUUCAAUUCGGUGAAUGCCAGUGUCAGAACGGAUGGUCAGGUCUUGACUGUUCAAAGAAAGUCGAAGAAAAACCAAAACCGUUAGUACUUAGUGGCACAUUGUGUGGUACCAAUACAAGUCUUGCCUGUGGUGAUGCAGGUCUGACUUCCGGUUGUCCUGCAGGCUGGCAAGGUAAUCAAUGGUACCAUUGCAGUAAGGUCACAACUGAUCAACAACCAAGUCUUGUCGGUACUGUUUGUGGUUAUCGAGCAGGAAAUUUAACAGUUUUAUGCAACGGUCGUAAUCCCUAUUCAGAUGCAUGCCCCGUCGGUUAUCAACGUCAUCAGCAGACACCGACAACAUUCUGUUAUAAAACUAACGCAAGUACCGAUGAUUUAUCUGGCACAAUAUGUGGGAUGCAAGUGAUGGAAUACACAGAUUGGAAGAUUUCCAGUUCUUAUUGGUCGAUUGUCUCGGAAAUUACCUGUGAUGGUUAUUAUCCAGGGAGAGGAUCAUGUCCACCGGAGUACAUUUUGCGAACAGGUUCCUAUGCUACCGUGGUUCCAUGUGGAUUCAUGGACUGGGGAAAUUGCGACAGAAUAUAUAAGUAUUCUUUUUGUGCUAAGAAAUAA